AUGACCCAGCCUCAGCAUCCUCCUCCCCCGCUGGCCUUCGCUCUUCUGCUCCUCUCCUGUCUCCUCCGCGGCGCACACGCACGCACCUCGCAGUUCUCGGACCUAAAGUCUAAGAUCACGGGGGUGGAGGAGCUUCUGGAUGAGUUCCGGCAGCAGCUGCAGCAGGAGCAGGCCUACAGUCGCGGUGCGGACCUCCCUGACGCCUGCGUGGAGGACUACGACCGUGCAGAGGGUCGCAUCAUCCGCACCCGGCUCUCCAUUCAUCAGGGGGCCGCGUUCCUUCUGGCCCCCGACUCAACGCGCUCCUGGAGGGACUGCGUGCAUGCCUGCUGCGCGGAGGAGCACUGCACGGUGGCGGUGGUGCAGGCCGGGGAUGCGCAGGCCUGCUUCCUCUUCAACUGCACCUACAGGGGCAGAAACGUGUGCUCGUUCGCCCAGAAAGAGGGUUUCUCUUCCUUCACCCGCGUCAACGCCACCGCCUUCAGGGCUCGGACCGCGGCUCUGAGCGGGACCGUCCGGAGACCAGGACAGGAGAAGGAGGCUUCAGAGGACGAGCCCCCUCGCUGUGACGCGGGGCAGGACGUGGUGGUCCAGAUGCCCACAGAUUGGGCGGUCCUGGACGGGAGAGACAGUGUGGACGACCACGAGAUCAGCCGCUACGACUGGACCCUGGUCCGAGGAGACCCAGCCGUCAACAUGAGGGUGACCCACCCGGGCCUGUUGAAGGUCAGCGGGCUCCAGGUCGGCGUCUACACGUUCCAAAUGACGGUGACCGACAGCGCGGGGCAGAAGAGCUCCGAUAACGUGUCCGUGUCGGUGCUGGCUCCUAAACGCCAGGCUGAAGUGUGUACAGGCCACUGCUCUAAAUACCAGUUCAAAUGUGACGACGGCUGCUGCAUCGACAUCACUUACGCCUGUGACGGGAAACAACACUGUCCCGACCGCUCCGACGAAGACUUCUGUCCCAACUUUGAAGGCAGCAGAAAGUCGGUGACCCACUCCAUGGACCCGUCCAGUCCACAGGCCGGGUCCCACACAGACACAGAGGAGCAGACGGGACGCAGGAAAACACCAGGAAGCAUUGUCCCGGCACCAGAAGAGGACCAGCAGUACACAGCUCCUAAUCCAGAUCCGUGCUCCUCGGCUCCUGUGGUGGGGCCGUGCAAAGGCACCUUCCCUCGCUGGUACUACGACCAGGAGGCGGGACAGUGUAAGCACUUCCUGUAUGGAGGUUGUCAGGGCAACCACAACAACUUCCUGCAGGAGUUGGACUGUGUCUCAGAGUGCAUCCAGAAAUCUCCGUCUUUUAAAUCUGCAACAGUGGCUCCAACAGUGACCAAACAGACAGAAAUAGCCGCUCCCAAAGUGUCCCAAAGUCAAACCCACAGUGAGGAGGACAUCUCUAAACCCUCUCUCACCAAAGGAGGUCACCCUGCUCCAGAAUCAGGAGCUAUCCUCCCUCUGGUCCUCGGGAUCCUCAUCACGGCUCUGCUCGUCCUGAUCAUCGGCUGUCGGCUCAAACUGGUCCAACGCAAACUGAAGAAGGCGCGGCCCCUGACCACCGAGGAGUCUGAUUACCUCAUCAACGGCAUGUACCUGUAG